CGUGCUUACUACUCAAUACUAGUAUUCAUAAUCCUAGAGAAAUACAUUUUUAUUUGGUAUUAACUUUUACUUUAUAAUUUUUAGUUUUACUGAAUUGGAAGUUUGGAUGAGUGUUCGAUAAUUUGGUUUAGCUCGACGCAAAUCGAGAAUCUUCUACAGAAUAAUGAUUGAAUAACAAAUACAGUAUAAUAUAUUACAUCGUUGUCAUCGCGAUUAAUAAAGGAACAGCAGUCUGUUGCAUAUCAUUUUUAUUUCUUAUUUUUUUUAGUCCAUUAUUUAAAGAAAUCAUUCAAAAUGAUUGAUUUAACAAUAAAAACUUUAGAUUCACGUAAUCAUAAGUUCACAGUUCCAGACAACUAUACUAUUCUUGAACUGAAAGAGCAUAUAGCUGAAGAAGUAAAUGUUGAAGUAGUACAACAAAGGUUGAUAUUUUGUGGACGUGUUCUUAGUAAUGAAACUAAACUUGCUGAUAUAGGUAUUGAUGGCAAAGUAAUGCAUCUUGUUCAAAAAGUUCCACGUUUAGCAAGUUCAACUUCUGGAACAUCAACAUCAUCGACAACAACUAAUACAAAUAGUCGUUCAGGACAAAAUGGUGGUUCACGCUUUGCAGGAUGGCAUACACCAGAUCCUACUGUAGUUUUCGGGGCUAUCGGAAUUCCUUCAGAUUUUAUGCAUGUGAGGGAGAUACCACGCCCCAUGAGUAAUAGAAAUCAUGGUACUAGUAAUAGAAUGUCAAUGGCCAUGGAUAUGAUUCGCAAAUGCAAUGAAAUUUUGGAUCGACUAGAAAAUCCUUUAGCUAGUCAAAAUGAGCAAAUUCCUAUGGAAGAUAUAGAACAGCCAGAUCAAUUCUCAGAAGAAAAUACUCAAGAAGAAACCCUAGGUGAAACUAUGCAAGUUCCACCUCCAGCUACUUCACAACCAGACCAGGAUUCGGUGAAUGUGAGUUAUGAAGUUGACGAUUCAUAUCCUAAUACAGUUGUUGUUACUAUUGAUGCUACACAUCAUGUUAGAAUGCCAUCAGGAUUAAUGCAUCAUAUGCAAAAUCAGCUACAUUCUGAUGCUGCUCAAUCAGGCUCUCAAGAUUCUUCUGAACAAAAUAAUGAAACUGCAUCAAAUCCUUUAAAUAUUCAAACUCCAUCAGUUAGCCAAACACAAUCUCAACAAACUACAAGUAAUUCAACUUCUGCUACUGAUCGCAAUUCUAGAGAUGAUCAUCAAAAUAGCGAUAAUAGAUCUCCAUCAAAUAUUAUGGAAAGGCGUCGAUUUAAGAAAUUAAUUGAUGAACUCAAUAAACUUAAUGUUAGAUUACAACCAUUUUAUAUUCUUUAUUGUCAAUUUAUUACUGAUGAUCCCGAAUUUGAAUCAGCUGAUGGUGAAAAUGGUUCUGAUCGAGCACAAAAUGUGUUUAAUAGUGUAUCAGAAGUUAUGCAUUAUAAAUCUCAUAUAUAUCAUGCUAUAAGUGAUUUAAAAAUAUCAUUUAAUAGGCCUCCUCCACGUCCAUUUCAAUCACGUACUUGUCUUUUACAAAGGGGUAUUUUACAUACAGCUCAUACAAUUCCAAUGGCUACAGUACCACCACCUACUCAACAGCCAAGCUCUACUCAAACAACUAACGCCAAUCAGUCAAUUCCUAGUGUACGGGCAUUUAGACUUGAUUUUAUGAAUCCUGACGGGGUAGCUGCUGAACCAGUUAAUGUUUCGACUUCAGUUUCCAAUAAUGAAAUUAAUAAUGAAUCAAAUACAAAUACAACAACUGAGUCAAAUACUGAAAGUAACAAUACAUUAUCAGAUUAUCCUACUGGGACUCCACAUAGUGUUGAAUUGAUGUUUGAUCUUACACCUGGAAGUAUUCGAAUUGAUUCUGUUGAAGCUGCAUUUGUAGCACCUAAUGUUGCUAGUAAUAAUCAUCCUACAGCUACAUCACAAACAACUACUAGUGGUGAACUAACGAACAAUAUGGGUAUGUCUAUUGACUGGAUGGAUCAAAUGAUAGAUGUUAUAUCAAGUGGUGUACGACGCCCAUUUAUGUCAGAUCAAACUUUAGACUGGAGUAGCAUACCAACAACUUCUACUCGUACUCCUCGAGUCACUCCAAGAACAACUGAUUCAUCUUCAACCUCAAACUCUCCUUCUCAAGGAAUAUUCCAAGGAAGAGAUAAUAGUCCUCGUAUGGAUCCUUAUUUACCUUGUAGUUCACAUCAUUUUGAAUCACAUUUAAGAUCAAUGGUUCUUGCUAGACGUCCAACUAGAGCAAGUGAUAGGUCUACUGUUUCUAAUAACUCUACAACUAAUACUACAUCAGCUCCUACUUCACCAAGUGAGAUGAGACCAUUUACUGGUAGACUUUCCAGGUCUCGUAAUAGGUAUAUUCAAGAUCCAGAUGGUUAUUUAUCAGGUAUUCAUCCAAUAUUAACUUGGGGAAGAAAUCGCAAUAAUGUCGUCACUAUUACGUCAGCAAAUAACACAGCUCAAACAACUUCACAAGAUAGUGGUACUACCACUGCAAAUACACUAGCUGGACAUAUAAGAGAAGGUAUGGAAAUGUUGUUAGAAAGAGAAGCUUUUAUUGAUAGGUCUCGUGAUUUGAAUGGACAAGGCGCUAAUAUAUCUGGACAGUCGGCUGCAAUUAAUAAUGGUGCUGCUGUUAUUGGAUCUCUUUUACAAGGACUUGAGUCAAUUAACACAAAUGUUUCACAAAUUGGCCGUGAUGAAUAUUUAUCCAGACGUAUUGGAUCAAUACCAUUUUUUAGUGGUUUAGAAGGUCGAUCUGUUUUGAUGGAUAUUUUAUUGACAAUUGCUCAAGAUUGGACUCUUCAUGAUGUGUUGUAUCUGAAUACUACUUCUGAAACAUCUUCCAUUAUUCAACAUCCAGUUUCUAGAUACACUGAAACAUUAACAAAUUUUAUUCUGGACCGCAUUAUGUUUAAUCAAACACCUAGUAAUCAAAAUAUAGAAGAUGCAGCUAAUCGUAUUUAUCAAGAAUUGUUACCAUAUAUUAAUGUUAUUCAAUGUUCUGCAACAAUGAGGUCAAAUGUUGAUUUUGGUGCAACUAUUUUAAGAUAUAUUACACUUAAUCUACGUGGAAUUGUUAUUUGUUGCAUAGAAAAUCGAGCAGGUGCCUCUAAUGAUAUAGUAACAUCUUUAAGUUUGUUUUGUCAAGGAUUACUAUCACUACUAGCUUACUGUUGCAAUAAUCGUUCAGUUUUUAGAUUGAAUAUUGGUGCACUUCUUCGUUCCUUACCAUUACCAACAAAUUUGCAAAAUCUCAUCAUGAAUAAUGUGCGCAUUAAUAUUGAUCGAUAUUGGGAUGCCAUUAAUGAUUAUCAAAUAAGUAUUGCAUCUGUGUGUAACUAUAUAGUACCAGCUAGUGCAAGCAGCAGUCAGGUACAGUCGUCAUCAAGGCCAAAUGAAGAACAAUCAUCCAACUCAAAUUCAGUUGACAUAUCUAAUGAUCCUUUACCUGAAGUGGUAAUUGGUUCUCAAGAAUGGCACCAUAGUGUUCCUCCGGAAUGGGUUCCAGUAAUAGCUAGAGAUACUCAGCGUCAAAGACGUCAAGGGGCCCAACCUCCAUAUAGUGAUGCAUAUUUGUCAGGAAUGCCAAAUAAACGACGUAAAAUUGUUAAUAGUUCUAAACCACAAGGUUCUUUAUCACAAAUAAUAUCAAAAAAUUUAGAAGUAGCAAUGGGAGCUGCUGGUGUGGCUAUCAACAAGGAAGUAACAGCUAGUGUGGGUGCCGAUUCUGCAGUCCAAAAUGCUUACACUGAACGAAUUAGAACUUAUGGUAGGUCUGGAUUGGACACUCAUCCUGAUUUUAGUCCUGAUAGAUAUCCUAAUGCCUCCAAAUUUUUCUACAACCAUAAUCAUCAAAAUUAAAUACCCAAAUGAGUCAUACAUUCAAAUAUACUACAUGUUACUACAAUAGACUGAAUUAUGAUAUACAAGAAGUAAAAAUUGUACUACAGUA